AUGGAUAACAAUUCGGAUGAUCGUGUGUACGCCGCGGAAAAGAUUAUGAAAAAGCGUGUCCGGGCGGGCAAAUCCGAAUAUAUGGUCAAAUGGAAGGGUUGGAGUCAACGGCACAACACCUGGGAACCAGAGGAAAACAUUCUCGAUCAGCGGUUGAUUGAAAUCUUUGAAAAGUCACUGCGUGGAUCUUCCACACCAAAGCGCAAAAAGAAGGCCGUUAUCGAGGACUCGGAUGAAGACGACGAACCGUCACGGCCGCUAACAGCAACCCCAGAACCGGAACAGUCAAAAAAGGAAGAGCGAAAAGAAUCGGUCACCGUGCGGAAGGUGGAGCGUGAAGAGAAACAGCAUCAUCACCACCACCAUCAUCAUCAUCACGGUGCGCACCAUCACCACGCGCAAGGAGCCGGCAAAAAGGAAAAGGAUUCUCUCACCGGUGCGGGCACCGGAGGUACCGGAAACAGUGUCACCAUCACCGAUGGGUCUAAGCGAAGCAGCAGUAUCAGCCCCAGUGGUGGUGGUCCCUCUUUAAAGGAAAAAUCAGUAUCUUCUGCGCUGACGUCGUCUGUGGAGCGAAGUGCUGGCACGCCUACGGUGCCCGGGAGUGUGGCAGGUUCCACCAGCGGCACCCAGCCAUUGCCUAGCCUGAAGAUAUCGAUAUCUUCAUCUGCAGAUCGCACCGACCAAGCAAACGAUCAUGACACGAACUCGAACUCCAGCGACGACCAACCGCUCAGUCACAAGGAUCUGGUCGGCACGAAGCGGAAGGCCGAGGUUCUUUCAAAAGCGGGAAAGGUGGGUGUGACGAUCAAGAUGUCUCCACCGGGUGACGAACCAUCGGGCAGCCUUGCAAAAGCGCAACGGCUCGAGGCUAGUCCUCUGGCGACAUCAGGACCGGUUGGGGCGGUCUCCACUGUGACCCCAAUCAGCGCGGGUGGCAGCAAGUUGGACUUGAAACCAGCAGCGCCUUUAUCACCGGAUACGCCGGCUUCAAGGCCCGAAUCCAAUAUACCACCACCGGCUGACGCGAACAUGCUACCAGGAGUAGCAGGAGCAGCCGCUGGAGGGGCCCCAAUCAGGGAUGCGAACCCACUAGAAGGCCACGCGGCAGCCGGCCAACCGAUGCAGCAACCUGCGAUGCCAACAGCAAACGGUGCCAACCAACAGCGGGUACGUAACGAUCAGUUCCAGCAUACGAACGGGAACAGCAAUAACAACAACAGCAACGCCCUGAACAAUAAUAACAUUAAUAAGCAUGUAAGCAACCUGACGCUAUCGCCGCGGGCCGCUCCACCCCGGUUGUGGCUACCGAAGGCACAAACCACUAACCAGGUGUUUAUCACCGACGUGACUGUCAACCUGGAGACGGUGACGAUACGCGAGUGCAAGACAGAGCAGGGGUUCUUCAAGACUCGUGAUAUGGCGCAGCAUCAGCACCACCAUCCCCAUCAUCAUCACCACCACCAGCCGCAGCAUCAGCAGCAACCACGUGGUGGCGAUCUGCUCAGCAAUUAGGACGGUGAUGGAGAAGCUCCCAUCCGUAGCGGGUUUUCGCGAUCGUACGAUGUAUUUUCCUUGUACCUGUGAAACUGAACAG